UGCAUUUCUAUUUUCAGUUAACAGCAACAAGAACAAAAGCAAAGUCAAAAAGUCGCCAACCAUCUACUAUAAUAUUAUGGAGCCUCCGUGUUCAUUUCAUCCUUGCGAUGAGGCUGUGAUUGCUACCAAUGACGAUGCCAGCGAUUGCAAACGUGGUGCUGUUCGUUUGGGCUAUUGGAAAGAUGAUUACAUUGGAUAUUUUGUGCGCAACCAAGACCGCAAAGCGCCAGAGAUAAAUCGAGGCUAUUUUGCCAGGGUCAAGGGCGUUGAGAUGUGUAUUGAGAAGUUCCUGAAGAAAACCAAUGGAAAUUGUCAAAUCAUUAAUCUAGGAUGCGGUUUUGAUACACUUUAUUUUCGUUUGCGCGAUACACCGCAUCAAGUGAAAAAUUUUAUUGAAUUAGAUUUUCCAACGGUAACUGCACGCAAAUGUUAUACCAUAAAACGUAAUAAAGUGCUGCUGUCUAAAAUACAUGAUGAAGAUGGUGAAGUUAAGCUAAGUCCAACCGAUUUACACGGACCAAGUUAUCAUCUAAUGGGUGUUGAUCUUAGAAAUAUCGACGAAGUGGAUCAUAAAUUGCAGCAGGCCGAAAUAGAUUAUUCAUUACCGACAAUAUUUUUAGCUGAAUGUGUUUUGGUCUAUAUUGAACCAAAUAAUUGUAGAAAUUUACUCAAAUGGAUAGCCAGUAAGUUUACUAGUGCUGUAUUUGUCAAUUAUGAACAGGUCAACAUGAACGAUCGUUUUGGCGAUGUAAUGCUUAAUAAUCUACGUAGUCGUGGUUGUAGUUUAGCUGGUGUCGAUGCAUGCAUCUCAUUGGAAACACAAAUGGGCCGGUUUCUUGAAUGUGGCUGGAGUGGCAGUCGAGCCUGGGAUAUGGUUCAAGUCUAUCAAAGUAUUCCACCUGCAGAACGUCAGCGCAUAGAACGUAUAGAAAUGUUGGAUGAGGGGGAAUUGUUGGUACAAUUAUUUCAGCAUUAUUGCCUAGUUGUGGCUUGGAUAGGCGACCUAUUUCAAGAUAUUGAAAUUACGUGCGUUAACGUGGUUGAGAAGCGAAUGUCCUCCUUAAACAUCGACUAAACAUACAGUGUGAUGAAACGAAAGGCUGCACAAUUUACAAAAAAAUUCUCACAUACAGUGAUGAAGGAGCAAAAGCAUUUUGGUAUAUUUUGUAUAUGAAAAAAGCUAAACAUAGAGAGUAUAUACAAAAUAUUUUGUACAUUACUUUUGGUAAUCAUUUAAAUGGAUAUAUAGUCAUUUAGUACACCACAAUCACUUUGGUUACUAUAACAAUCAUCAGAUGAAAGAUUUUGUGAACAAACACAAAUUGAAUUUA